ACGUAUUGAUGGAUAAUCAGAUAUGGUGUGCGAGUAAUCAACAUACUGUAUUAACUUCACACCCAUCUUGUUAUCUUCAUUCUGUGAGAGUUGAAAAAGUAGCAUCUCUCUCUUCAACCUUUUCUUGUAACCAUGUCUUCCCCAAGCAAGAGACGAGAGAUAGACUUGAUGAAACUGUAAAUCUUCAUUUCUUGUAGUUUUGUUUUGUAGAAAGCUUUGACAUUGUUUCUUGAAAUAGGAUGAUGAGUGAUCGCAAGGUGGAGAUGAGCACGAGUUCUAUGUGUAUUUCCAUGGACCCACUGAAAGUAUUUAAAUCUAGAAGAAAUUCUAUCAACCUGCUCUUGAUGAGGAAAUUGGAAAAGGACUGGAUUUUUUGCUGUAAAAUUGAAGUGUACAUUCUACUUCUACAUUUUCUGUAAAAUAUGAAUUCAGUUUUGCUUCUCUAUCCUACUCUGUUUCUGUCUAAUUCACUCUCUCUCUUGAUUUUCCAAUGUAACACGAUAGGUCCGUAUCAUGGCGGUGUGUGGAAGGUAAGAGUCGAGCUUCCUGAUGCCUAUCCCUACAAGUCUCCUUCCAUAGGAUUUAUUAACAAGAUAUAUCACCCCAAUGUGGAUGAAAUGCCGGGUUCAGUUUGUCUAGAUGUUAUUAACCAGACCUGGAGCCCCAUGUUUGACCUGGUUAAUGUGUUUGAGGUGUUUUUACCUCAACUACUUUUGUAUCCAAAUCCAUCAGACCCCUUAAACGGGGAGGCUGCUGCUUUGAUGACGCGCGACACAACUGCAUAUGAACAAAGAGUUAAAUCUUCCUGAAAACUUACCUUAAGCUCUCCUCUAUACAUAUGUUUUGGUAGCUUGUGCUCUAGGAUCAGAUUGAAGUAAAAAUAAACAGUUGACUGGAGAAGUAUGUCAUGAAUCUGAUUUCAUAUGUUUAAAACAAAGCAUAUGAUCUUGUUCUUACAGAUACGUGAUACAAGUGAAAAGGUUUAUCUUAUUCUUAUGACAUGUUUAUAAAUGUGAGGAGUACUAAUUUAAUCCCAUAAACAUUACUUCCCUAUGGGCAAUCCUCAGGGUUAUACUGUAACGCGAUUGUGACACACUUUACUGUUCGUAUUCUAGAAUACUGACUGAAAUACGCCAAGGAGGAAGAUGCGGGGGCUGUGCCGGAAGAGAAAUCGAGCGAUGAGGAACUGACUGAAGACGAAUAUGAGUCGAGCGACGAUGGUGUUUUGGGGCCUGUGGAUCCUUAGUCUUCUCUGUGUCUGUAGCUGUAAGCAUGCAUAUCGUUUCUUAUAUCAUGUUGCUUUUCUCUCCCACAGUUACUUACAAUUUAAUUACAUAUAGCAAUAACUAUUCAUUGGAAUGAAUUCAAAAUGACUCAAAUGUGGCUUCUUGAAUCUGCUUCAUGUACAUAGAUUGUUCUACCAAUUACCUCACAACGAGUCUUCUUUUCAGCAUCUUUUUUGUGUGGCUAAAUACUGAAAUAUUCACAUCUUUUUUGUGUGGUUAUAUUGAAGAAACAAUAUAACUACUUUUCGCUUCGUAGCAAUAUAAUCACAUUUAAUACAUUUUGAUAGUUAUAAAUUCCACUCAUCUGCUUUAUUGCAAUAAUGCACAAAAUGUCGCAGAAACCAAAAUGAGAUUAUGCAACUUAGUAAAACAUCUAUGCAAAAGGACAACAGAUAAUAUAAAUAUAGAAACUACUAAGCUUGCCAUAAUAAUGGUAGAGGCCAUGAAUAUGAAGAAACUAUCAGAAUUGAAGAUAUCAUCACAUUACAGAUCAUAUUUGCAUUUUUAUCAUAUCAUUUCAUUUGAACAGAAAAAGAAUCCGAGCAAUAAUUGGAACUGCUACAUAAUUCAAUUCUCAUAAAUGGCUAGGCCGCCGCCUUCCAGCGUCAGUUCUCAUUCUCUUUACAGGAUUCGCCCAGCCGACGGAGCCACCGCUGCUGUUCCCUUGUUGAGGGGAAAGGGGCCCCCAGCCAUGUUGGCUCGAGCCAAUAUCUUUAGCGCCUGAGACUGACCCUGGACUCUUCAUCACACGUCCAAUGCCUGUAGGUGACAAUGGACCUGCUGAACCGUUUCCAGACUUCGUACCCGAUUUCUCCCUGUCUUUCCUCUUCUUUUUGCAGAUAACGAGAUCUCCUGGGUGAGUGAAAGGGCGAGCGUCAUCUGGUUGGCCAAGAUCCCGACUGCUGCUGCUUCCGAGCCUCGAAUCCUUGUGAGGCAUCAAGUUCCUGGCUUUAGAACUCUCGACAGUGUGAAUGGGUGUGCGGGUCUGUGUCUUAGGGAAAGGAGUAUUUUCUGAAUCCACGUCUUUGACUGAUUUCUGGCGCUUCCCCUGAGCAGAAGGAAACUGUCGUGAAGAUGGACCGGUGGCUGGCGUGGAAACAGGAGCAGUGAAAGACAUGGAACUUCUGGCUUCUCGAAAGUCAGUAUCUGAGAAUGCUACC